CUCUUAUCUCUAACUUGAAGAAAAGCAUCUAAUACAUAUUACAUGCUUUCCAGCAGAUUACUACAAUCUGUAAAGAAGGAAACAAAAUCAUUGUCUGAAAGACCUUUGACCAUCAUUACAAUUCACAAAAUCUCCCAACUUUUUUCAAGCAUAUUUGAGUGACCAUCCACAGUUUUACUGGACAAAAGAAAAAAUGGGGUCUCAAGUUCUUUGGUUUCUACUAUUGCUAACACUCACAACCUUUUGCAAAAGUAAGUCAUGUCAUCCAAAUGAUUUAAAGGGUCUCCAAGAUUUCAAGGCUGGAAUUCAUUCAGAUACUUCUGGCAGAUUAGGUAAAUGGAAAAACCAAGAUUGUUGCAAAUGGGAAGGUAUUUUAUGCAGCAAUGAAACUGGAAGAGUUGUACAGAUUAAUCUACCAGGUUUAUAUACUUCAGGUGAUGCACCAGUUCAAUCUUCUAUGGUAGGGGAAUUAUCUCCUUCAAUUACACUUCUCAACUUUCUUGAAGUUAUCGAUAUGGGUGAACUUGUUGGGCUAACGGGGGAAAUUGCUCCUUCGAUUGGUUUACGUCUUCCAAAUCUCAGAAAACUCAACUUUCUUGGCAACAAGUUUACUGGUGCAUUGCCAGAAAGCAUAUGUAAGUUGUCUAAACUUGAAGAACUGUAUCUACAAGAAAAUGGUUUUUCUGGAUUUCUUCCCUCAUGCAUUGGAGGUCUCAAGAAUCUUAAAAGAUUGAAUAUAAAUUCCAAUAAACUUUCUGGUGCAAUUCCUGAGUCUAUAACAAGCUUGACAAAUUUAGAGAAUUUGUCUCUUCAAGAUAAUAUUUUGACUGGGUAUAUACCAGCAAACAUUGGCAAUCUGCAAGGAUUGAGAGAGCUCGAUUUGUCUAAUAACUCAUUAACCGGGAUAAUCCCUCAUUCCAUUUCUAACUUAUAUUCCAUUUCAAGUCUUUACCUGAAUGCCAACCAGCUCGAGGGAGAGAUACCGCUGCCCUCAAAACCUGGCCAAUUGUCUUCUCUGAGAUUUCUAAGACUGCAAGACAAUCACCUCAGUGGAACGAUACCUCAAACUAUUGGGUACUUGACUUCCCUUCAGAGACUUUCACUUGCAAACAAUCAACUUAAGGGCCCUAUUCCUUCUAGUAUAGGUAAUCUAAAGUCACUAACAGAGUUAUAUCUCAGUUACAACCAGUUAUUAGGUCAGUUGCCAAGAUCAAUAGGUAGGAUUUCCCAGCUUCUCCUGUUGAGUAUAUCUCAUAACAUGAUCGAAGGACCAUUGCCUCAAGAAAUUUCUUCCCUUUCAAAUCUUCAAUCACUGGAUAUAUCAUUCAACUAUCUGAACAUGUCAACCAUUCCCAAGUGGCUCAUGCAGUUGCCAUCACUGUCGCGAAUCUACUUGGCUGGAUGUGGAAUUCGCGGUGAAAUACAAGAUGAUUUACAAGUACUUACCAAGUCAUUGUUGGAAAUAGACUUGUCAGCUAACAAUCUUUCAGGAAGGAUUCCAGCUUGGAUUGGCAGCUUAUCUUGGCUCUAUUCUUUAAACCUUUCUAAGAACAAGUUUGUGUCUGAGAUUCCCUCAACUGUUACAAAUCUUGAGAAUCUGGGAGUUCUGGAUCUUCACUCGAAUAAGCUAGAAGGCAGUGUGAAUGCAGUUUUCCAGAUGAAGAGCAGGUUUCAAGGAGGAUCAUUAACAUAUCUUGACCUUUCUGAUAACAGUUUCACAAGUGUCAUUGACCAGAUUGGCAUGGGAGGACAAGAAAAUAUCCGAUACUUAAACUUAUCGCAGAAUUUUCUCAGAGGUAGAUUACCAACUUCCAUAGGAACAAUUAAAUCACUACAGACUUUGGAUCUCAGUUACAAUGGAUUAGGCUCUAACCUACCAACAUCGCUGGCGAACGUGAGCACUCUGGAGAGACUGAUGCUGCAGAAAAAUCACUUCACAGGCAGAAUCCCUGAGGAGUAUUCGAAGCUGAAAAAACUGAAAGAAUUGAACCUUUCAGACAAUCUUCUUGAAGGAAAAAUACCUUAUGGGAAGCCAUUUCUUGAAUUUCCUCAGAGCUCAUUCUCUGGAAAUAGAGGUUUAUGUGGGAUACCUCUUCCUCCCUGUAAAGCUUGAGCUUCAAUUAUUUGUUGCUCCACA